CCACCGUCGCUCAGACUGUACACGAGAAGAGACGAAAAACACAACCCGAAGACACCAAUCUGUGGGCAUUUUGGGUGUCAGUGUGAACCUUUCUUUAUGCGAAGCUCGUUUGAGCUUGAGGUGCGUUGACGAUAUUUUGGUCAGUGAUAAAAGGCACGCCCAGAGACGUUUUCUCUGUCGCCUAGACACCGUUUAACCCUUUGGGUGGGUUUCGCGUAACCUGGAAUCAGAUCAAUCUCGGUUAGUCAGUCGCGCUCGUCUAAAGUGGAAAUGUGGUGGCCCCGGGCGCUGUUCUUAACAUGAAGCUCUAGAAAUGGCCGUGUAAACGGUGUUCUCUGCGCUUUGGGUGGACCUUGAGCCUGCCGAAUAGAAAUAAACGGAGACGUCAACAUGGCGACAGCUGCUUCGCCCCUGCGCUCGAGAUGAAUCCACAUCUAUAAAGCUCCCUGAGUGACCUGACAUCAGCUGGUGCAGCUACCAGAGCAGGAUGUCAAUAUGGCUGCUCAGCUUCUCGUUCCAUCCGGACCCGACAGCUUCCGGCCCUUCCUGCCCGAGUCUCUCGCUGCAAUCGAGCGUCGCAUCGCAGAGGAGGCGGCCCAACGGCCCAAAGGCGAGAGACGGCCCGAUGAUGAUGACGAAAACGGGCCCAAACCCAACAGCGAUCUGGAGGCGGGCAAGUCCCUGCCCUUCAUCUACGGAGACGUUCCGUCCGCGUUCGUGUCCGUCCCGCUGGAGGACCUGGACACUUACUACAGCAACCAAAAUACCUUUAUAGUAUUGAAUCGCGGGAAAACAAUAUUCCGCUUUAACGCUACGCCGGCCGUGUACAUUUUGAGCCCCUUCAAUCCUUUGAGGAGAAUCUCUAUCAAGAUCCUGGUGCAUGCGAUGUUCAGUUUUGUGAUCAUGUGCACAAUCUUGACCAACUGCGCCUUCAUGACCCUCAGCAAUCCCCCAGAAUGGGCCAAGAAUGUGGAGUACACAUUCACAGGGAUCUACACGUUCGAGUCUCUCAUUAAGAUCCUGGCGCGGGGCUUCUGCGUGGGGAAGUUCACUUUCCUGCGGGACCCCUGGAACUGGCUGGAUUUCAGCGUCAUCCUGAUGGCAUAUGUAACAGAAUUUGUGGAUCUGGGCAAUGUCUCAGCACUGAGAACCUUCAGGGUUUUACGAGCGCUCAAAACUAUAUCCGUGAUUCCAGGGCUGAAGACCAUCGUUGGCGCUUUGAUCCAGUCGGUGAAGAAGCUGUCAGACGUGAUGAUCCUGACGGUCUUCUGUCUGAGCGUGUUUGCUCUGAUAGGACUGCAGCUCUUCAUGGGAAACUUGAGGCAAAAGUGCAUAAGAAGGCCGCUGGGCAAUGUCACGGAGAACACCACGGCCCUAUUAAACUUCGGCUCGGAGCUGCACAACUACACCUUCAACUGGACGGAGUACAUUAGCGAUACCAGCAAUUAUUAUUACCUCCCCGGCCGCAGAGAUGCUUUGCUGUGUGGUAAUUCAAGCGAUGCAGGACAGUGUCCAGAGGGCUACUAUUGUAUAAAAGCCGGUCGUAAUCCUGACUAUGGCUACACAAGCUUCGAUACGUUCAGCUGGGCCUUUCUUUCACUCUUCAGACUCAUGACACAAGACUUCUGGGAAAAUCUCUACCAGCAGACCCUACGUGCAGCUGGAAAGCCCUACAUGGUGUUUUUUGUGCUGGUUAUCUUCCUGGGCUCUUUCUAUCUGGUGAAUCUCAUUCUGGCUGUGGUGGCCAUGGCAUACGAUGAGCAAAACCAGGCCACUAUAGAGGAGGCCCAACAGAAGGAGGAGGAGUUUCAAGCCAUGUUAGAACAGUUAAAGAGACAACAGGAGGAGGCACAGGUUGCCGCGGCAGCAGCAACAGAGAGUGGGGAGUACAGCGGGAGGGGGGUUCUGUCGGAGGAGAGCUCCUCCGGUGGGUCCAGAGUCAGCUCCAAGAGCGCAAAAGAGCGACGGAACCGGAGGAAGAAGAGAAAACAGAGGGAGGAGGAGGAGAAAGCCGAUCAGGAGAAGUUUCAUAAGUCUGCGUCAGAGGACAGCAUCAGACGGCCAGGCUUCCGCUUCUCUAUGGAUGCUAACCGGCUCUCCUAUGAGAAGAAAUGCUCCACUCCAAAUCAGUCGCUUCUCAGCAUCCGCGGUUCUCUUUUCUCCCCGAGGAGAAACAGCCGCGCGAGUCUGUUCAGUUUCCGCGGCCGGGCGCGAGACUUCGGCUCGGAGAACGAUUUUGCAGAUGACGAGCACAGCACCUUCGAGGACAGCGACAGUCGACGCGGAUCGCUCUUUGUACCUCGAUGCAUGGAGAGGCGGAGCUCCGCUGUCAGUCACUGCAGCCUCGCCCCCCGGAUCAUGCUGCCGGCCAAUGGAAAGAUGCACUGCACCGUCGACUGCAACGGCGUGGUGUCUCUGGUGGGUGGCACGUCUGUGCCAACAUCACCGAUCGGCCGCUUGUUACCAGAGGGCACGACCACAGAGUCUGAAGCUCGUAAGAAACGUUCAGGAUCACACCAGCCGUCGGAUUAUCUAGACGACACGGUCGCCAGAAAAAGAGCUAUGAGCGUGGCCAGCAUUCUGACCAACACUAUGGAAGAGCUGGAGGAGUCGAGACAGAAGUGUCCUCCCUGCUGGUAUAAGUUUGCGAACGGUUUUUUGAUCUGGGACUGCUGUCCGACGUGGCUGAAGGUGAAGGAGAUUGUCAAUAUGAUCGUGAUGGAUCCAUUCGUAGACCUGGCCAUAACCAUCUGUAUUGUCCUCAACACUCUCUUCAUGGCUAUGGAGCAUUAUCCCAUGACAAAAGAGUUCAAUCAUGUGCUGUCUGUGGGAAACUUGGUGUUCACUGGGAUCUUCACAGCCGAGAUGUGUCUGAAGCUGAUCGCCCUCGACCCGUAUUAUUACUUCCAGCAGGGCUGGAACAUCUUUGACGGGAUCAUCGUGAGUCUGAGUCUCAUGGAGCUGGGCCUGGCCAACGUGGAGGGUCUUUCUGUGUUGCGUUCUUUUAGAUUGUUACGAGUCUUUAAACUAGCAAAGUCGUGGCCCACUCUGAACAUGCUGAUAAAGAUCAUCGGUAACUCAGUCGGUGCCUUGGGGAACCUGACCCUCGUCCUGGCCAUCAUCGUCUUCAUCUUCGCUGUGGUGGGGAUGCAGCUGUUUGGAAAGAGCUACCGUGAAUGCGUCUGUAAGAUCUCAAAGGACUGCGAGCUGCCUCGCUGGCACAUGGACGACUUCUUUCACUCCUUCCUGAUCGUGUUCCGGGUGCUCUGCGGCGAAUGGAUCGAGACCAUGUGGGACUGUAUGGAAGUGGCCGGACAGUCCAUGUGUCUCAUUGUUUUCAUGAUGGUCAUGGUCAUUGGAAAUCUGGUGGUGUUGAACCUCUUCCUGGCCUUGCUCCUGAGCUCUUUCAGCGCCGACAAUCUGGCGGCCACGGACGACGACAGCGAAAUGAACAACCUGCAGAUCGCCGUGGGCAGAAUACAGAAAGGCAUCGCGCUGGUCAAAUCCGCUCUCCGCCACUUCCUCCAGCGUCUGUGCCUGUCCGCCGCCAAACCUGGCGCCCUGGACGAAGAGAAGCCCCUCGACGACCUCCACGUCGUCGGCAAAGAGAACUGCCUCUCCAACCACGCUCCGGUGGCCGUCGACCUCACCUUAGACUGUCUGAAGGGGGGCUGCGUCUCCCCCGGCAACGGGGUGGAGGGUCACGUGAAGUACGGAAUCGAGGAAGGCGACUACAUGUCGUUCAUACACAAUCCCAGCCUGACGGUUACCGUGCCGAUAGCGGUGGGAGAGUCGGACUUUGAGAAUCUCAACACGGAAGAUUUUAGCAGCGAUUCGUCGGACGUGGAGGGCAGUAAAGAGAAGCUGCCGAUCGACACCGUUCUCAGUUCCUCAGAAGGAAGCACGGUGGAUAUCCGGCCUCCCGGAGAGGGGGCGGAGUCUGUCGAGUUGGAGCCGGAGGAGUCGCUGGACCCGGAGGCCUGUUUUACUGAAGGCUGCGUGAUGAGAUUUCAGUGCUGUCAGGUGGAUGUAGAGAAGGGAAACUGGAAAAGUUGGUGGGUUCUCAGGAAAACCUGCUUCAUCAUUGUGGAGCACAACUGGUUUGAGUCCUUCAUCAUCUUCAUGAUUUUACUCAGCAGUGGAGCCCUGGCCUUUGAGGACAUUUACAUCGAGCAGCGCAAGACGGUCAAGACGGUGUUGGAGUACGCCGAUAAAGUCUUCACAUACAUCUUUAUUUUGGAGAUGCUUCUGAAAUGGGUCGCGUACGGCUUCGUCAAAUAUUUCACCAACGCCUGGUGCUGGCUGGACUUUCUGAUCGUUGAUGUGUCGCUGGUGAGUCUGGUAGCGAAUGCUCUUGGUUACUCUGAACUAACUGCCAUUAAGUCCCUGAGAACACUGCGUGCUCUUAGACCUCUGAGAGCUUUGUCACGCUUCGAGGGAAUGAGGGUUGUGGUGAACGCUCUGCUGGGAGCCAUUCCUUCCAUCAUGAAUGUGCUGCUGGUGUGUCUGAUCUUCUGGUUGAUCUUCAGCAUCAUGGGGGUGAAUCUUUUCGCUGGGAAAUACUACCACUGCAUCAAUAUUACAGCUGAUGAGAUGUUUCCCAUCGACGUGGUCAACAACAAAUCCGACUGCAUGGCCUUGAUCGCAAACAAUGAAUCAGCACACUGGAAAAACGUGAAGAUUAAUUUCGAUAAUGUUGGAGCCGGAUACCUGGCACUACUGCAAGUGGCCACGUUUAAAGGAUGGAUGGACAUCAUGUAUGCGGCCGUGGACUCUCGCAAUUUGGAGCAACAGCCGGACUAUGAAUCGAACCUUUACAUGUACCUGUACUUCGUCAUCUUUAUCAUCUUCGGCUCUUUCUUCACCCUCAAUCUCUUCAUUGGUGUCAUCAUCGAUAACUUUAACCAGCAGAAGAAGAAGCUUGGAGGUCAGGACAUCUUCAUGACAGAAGAGCAGAAGAAAUAUUACAAUGCCAUGAAGAAGCUUGGAUCGAAGAAGCCUCAGAAGCCCAUUCCCAGACCUGCGAACAAGUUUCAAGGUCUCGUCUUUGACUUCAUCACCAAACAAGCCUUCGACAUUGUCAUUAUGAUCCUGAUCUGCUUGAACAUGGUGACCAUGAUGGUGGAAACCGACGACCAGACGAAGGAGAUGGACGAUGUCUUGUACUGGAUAAACUUGGUUUUCAUCAUCCUCUUCACUGGAGAAUGCAUUCUCAAGAUGAUCUCCCUGCGGCACUACUACUUCACCAUCGGCUGGAACGUCUUCGACUUUGUGGUGGUGAUUCUGUCAAUAGUUGGCAUGUUCCUCUCCGACAUUAUCGAGAAAUACUUUGUUUCGCCGACGUUAUUCCGAGUCAUUCGGCUGGCCAGAAUCGGACGCAUUCUUCGUCUCAUCAAAGGAGCCAAAGGCAUUCGUACUCUCCUGUUUGCCUUGAUGAUGUCACUUCCUGCCUUGUUCAACAUUGGCCUUCUCCUCUUCCUGGUCAUGUUUAUCUAUGCCAUCUUCGGAAUGUCUAACUUCGCCUACGUGAAGCGAGAGGCGGGGAUCGACGACAUGUUUAACUUCGAGACGUUCGGGAACUCUAUGCUCUGCUUGUUCCAGAUCACCACAUCCGCGGGAUGGGACGGCCUCCUGGCGCCCAUUCUGAACAAACAGGCUCCCGAAUGCGACAGCGAAACGGAGCACCCGGGCAGCAUUUACCGCGGCGACUGCGGAAACCCUUCGGUCGGCAUCUUCUUCUUCGUGAGCUACAUCAUCAUCUGCUUCCUGAUCGUGGUGAACAUGUACAUCGCCGUGAUCCUGGAGAACUUCAGCGUGGCCACCGAGGAGAGCGCCGAGCCGCUCAGCGAGGACGACUUUGAAAUGUUCUACGAAGUCUGGGAGCGCUUCGACCCCAACGCCACACAGUUCGUGGAGUACCACAAGCUGUCCGACUUCGCGGAUGCUCUGGACCCUCCCUUGCGCAUCCCUAAACCCAACAAGAUCCAGCUGAUAGCCAUGGACCUGCCCAUGGUGAGCGGCGAUCGAAUCCACUGCCUGGACAUCCUGUUCGCCUUCACGCUGAGGGUCCUGGGCGAGGAGGGUGAGAUGGAUGCCCUGAGAGGACAGAUGGAGGAUCGAUUCAUGGCCUCCAAUCCGUCGAAAGUCUCUUACGAGCCCAUCACCACGACCCUUCGGCGCAAACACGAGGAGAUGUCCGUCAUCAUCAUACAGAGGGCCUUCCGACGCUACCGCAUAAGGCACACGGUAAAGAAGGCCUUGGAAGCGUACCGCCAACGGCUGAAGGACAAAGUAGCGCCCAUCCAGGAGAAGGAGGUGCUCGUCAUCGGAAAGUUUCACGACAACUCGACGUCAGACAAAACGGACAUGACUCCGUCAUCCGCCUCUCCGCCGUCCUACAACAGCGUGGCCAAAUCGGAAAAGGACAAAUAUGAGAAGGAAAGGAGAGAGAAGGAGGACAAAGCAAAAGACGCGAGGGACAGAAAAAAAUGAGCGAUGGACUGUUUAUUUUUUCAAUUUAGAGACACUGUUUACAGGGCGGAUAGAGAGCAGCGGGUGUGGUUCACCUCCAGCGGUUUUGGAACUAAUGCCAAACUGAGCGUGUGUGUGGGGCGGAGUUUGUUCGUGUGUGUGCGUGUGUGUGCUUGUGUGUGCGCCCGUGCACCGAGCUAGCCUUAGGGUGCGUCCACGGAAAGCGUUCAUUCGAGAACAGUGCCAGCGUCAACACGACAAACACGCACACGCGCUUCAAAAGAGUAUGACUGCUGUAUCCCUGAGGAAAGAAAAUGGCAAGCGUGGCGCCUGAGUUCGUCUUUUCGUUUCGAGUGUUGUCAAACAAUCCCGAGGACUGAGAGGAACUGUUAUAGUCAUGGGUAGCUAGCGCUAACCGCUACCACUGGUGUCUUUCUUAAUGAAUGGCGUAUUAUAUAUCUGCACAUUUUUGUUAGCUCAUUUUUUAUCAUGUUGAACUUUUCUACUCAUGGGUUUGAUUGUCUGAACUACUUCAUUUAAGGGCACGUCUGUAAAGGGGCAAUCAUCAGGUGGGGACGAACGGGAAACAUCACCCCGGGCCAGUGAGGAGGGAGGCCGCCAAAUGCAUCUUUAUACUGCUGGGUAUAUAGAGAGCCUCAGAGAUGACGUAUUUUUGUAUGCAAAACCCGGAAGCUAGUUUGCAUUUGAGGAUCGCUCCAAAGUCUAUAGGUUUUUUGAAUGGGUUUUUGGGAAAUCGCUCGAAAUAAGGUCUGUGAACAAAACCUCUCAAUAUUUUCACGUUUCAUUCUAUGACAUAAAACACACCAAAUAUAACCCGCUUGUGAUUUUUGAAAGCCUUAUUGUGUCUUAAAAACGGCGGUUGCUAACAAGUUGCUAAAAGCGACAACUUCCUUUGGCGGGGACGUUAGACGUCAUUGCGCAUAUAAAGCUUACAAAUAAUGCCAAAUGGGCACACAUCUUUUAUAUCGUAGAUGCGGAUUCAUUUACGGAGUAGUUAAUUACCAGGGA